AACUGUGUUAUUUCACUCCAAAGAAAUAUAUAUAUACGCGGUCAAAAUCAACUCAUGUGACUGUUAUGAAACCGAAAAAAAGCGUAAAUAUGUAUGGGUGUGAGAGAAAAUAGUGCCGUGGAAUAAUAUAUUCCCGAUCACCUUUCCUCUGGUAUUCCGAGCGGAUGUGACGCAGCAGCAGGAGCGUGACCCGAGGAACCUCAAACAUGCGUCAAUCCCGAAAAAACAAACUCCACCAAAUAUCGGAUUAUCACCACAAACCGUAAUUCCUACUCCGAAACCUACUCAUGAUAUAAAUCAAGGAUAUAAUAAAUCAGAUAAUCCAUCAGGGACUCAUGUGUUUGUCUUGUGGAGCCCUGUAUAAUCCAGCACCCCUCCAUGGAUUAACCGCAGAGAAAAGCUGAAUCCAGUCGUUCUCGCCGCACCGGUGCAACAUGCCCCUUCCGUUCGGAUUAAAGCUCAAGAGAACCAGAAGAUACACGGUGUCCAGCAAGAGCUGCCUGGUGACCCGCAUACAGCUGCUCAACGGCGAAUAUGUGGAGUUCACGCUUUCGGUGGAAAGCACGGGACAGGAAUGUCUUGAGGCAGUCGCGCAGAGACUCGAGUUACGAGAGAUAACGUAUUUCAGCCUCUGGUACUACAACAAACAAAACCAGCCGAGAUGGAUUGAUCUGGAGAAGCCGCUGAAGAAACAGCUGGACAAGUACGGACUGGAGCCGACCGUUUACUUUGGAGUGGUGUUCUACGUGUCGUCUGUUACACAGUUACAACAAGAGAUAACCAGAUAUCAGUAUUAUCUCCAGCUGAAGAAAGAUGUUCUGGAGGGGAAGAUCCCGUGCUCCAUUGAGCAAGCCAUUCAUUUGGCCAGCUUGGCUGUACAAGCUGACCUUGGAGACUUCAAUCGAUAUGACUCCCAGGAAUUCCUUCAAAAAAUUGUGCUUUUUCCAAUGUCGUGGAUCCAGGACGAGAGGGUUGUGGAAGAGGCCACCCAGAAAGUCACCGUGCUUUAUCAGAACUACCGAGGUCUGUCCGCACCGGAGGCGGAGUUACUCUACAUGCAGGAGGUGGAGAAGAUGGAGGGCUACGGGGAGGAGAGUGUCCAAGCGAAGGAUGCUCAGAGCAUGGAUGUGAUUAUCGGCUCUUGUCUGGACGGGAUUUUAGUCAAGCACAAAAAUGGGAAAGCACCUUUAAUUUUUAGGUGGAAUGAUAUUAAUAAUAUGACUCAUAAUAAGUCUUUCUUUGCCCUGGAGCUUGCCAACAAAGAAGAUACAAUCCAGUUCCAGACCGAGGACAUGGAGACGUCCAAAUAUGUGUGCAGAAUGUGGCUGGCGCGGCACAAGUUUUACAAAAUUAACAACAGCAGUCUACAAACUCAGCCCGCUCCAGUAAACACAGUGAGGCGACGGUCCUCGACGAGAAUGUCUCUGCCAAAACCUCAACCCUACAUGAUGCCACCUCAGAUGCAUUUUAACGGCCAUUACACUGAACCCUACACCUCUUCACAAGACAAUCUCUACAUCAACAACCAGAACGGUUUCUACUACCAUUCCCAGACCAGUCUGGACCGCUCUCCGCACGAGUACAACGGCCGGAUCCGUAACGGCAGCGUUUACAGCGCACAGAGCACCAGCUCCCUCAACAACCCUCAGCACUACCUACAGCCCUCGCCCAUGUCCUCCAACCCCAGCAUCACAGGAAGUGACCUCAUGCGGCCCGACUACGUGCCUUCCCACCGGCACAGCGCCCUGAUCCCGCCGUCCUACCGCGCUACGCCUGAUUACGAGAGCGUCAUGAGGCAGAAGAACCACGGGAUGAUCCCGCCAGCCGAGCGCCAGAGCCACUCCAUGAGGAACCUGAACAUUGGGAACUCGUACGCCUACAGCCGCCCCGACCCGCUCGUGUACAGCCAGCCGGAGAUUCGGGAGCACGGCACGGGCCAGUACCCCUUCCACCUCAACUACAGCUUCCACAGCCCCUCCCCGUACCCCUAUCCCACCGAGAGACGGCCUGUCGUAGGAGCCGUCAGCGUCCCCGAGCUCACCAACGUCCAGCAGGCGCAGGAAUAUCCUCCUCCCAACAUCAUCAGGAAUCAGGUCUACUGGCCGCCUCCGCCGUAUCCCUAUCCUCACCCUCGACCUGCUAACAGCACCCCGGACCUGUCCCGCCAUCUCUACGUCAGCAGCAGUAACCCGGAUCUGAUCACGCGCCGCGUCCAUCACUCGGUGCAGACCUUCCAGGAGGACAGCCUUCCCGUGGCUCACUCGCUGCAGGAAGUGAGCGAGCCGCUCGUCACGACCCGACGGCCUCACAUGCACAAACGCAACUCCAUCGAGAUCGCCGGGCUAGCGUACGGCCUCGAGAACAUGAGGCUGAAGGAGAGGAAGGCAUCUGCAUCUUCGGCUGAGACCCCGCCCCCUGUUGCCCAGGUGAUGCCGUCUGCAGCAUCCGGCUCCGACAUCAACGUCGUCCUGGAGGUGACGAAGCCAGAGGAUGCUGUCAUCAAGGAGGAUGCCAUCUACGGCCACAAAAAAUCCCUGUCCGAUGCCACGAUGCUGGUGCACAGCAGCGGUGAAGAGGAAGAGUUUGAAGACGAUGGCGGACGACACACACCUCAGUCUCAGGAUGCUGUGGGCGGCCCCGAGCAUCACAUGACCCCGAUGGGACGGCCCCUCGUAGAUCCACCCGCUUAUCCCUUCAGCCACAGUAUGGAGACAGUCCUGACAGCCCCUCUGGGGUACCAGCCCCAUCCCAUCAUCCGCAAACCAGAAGACAUUGGGCAGCUGCCGCCCCUGCGUGAGCCCGGACACAUGGUGCCUUCAGUAUCAGAGGGAGAUCUGAGCGGACAGGGACGCUUCAGACAGAAGAAAGACGUCUUUAAGAGACCCGUGUCUGAUGUGCCACCUGCCAGAAGAAACAUCGAUGGUCUUCCACCGGCCGGGAUGAAGAAAGGACGCUCCGAGGUCAAGAAGGUGGGUCCCCUGAAGAUGGCGGCUCUCAACGGCCUGACCCUGUCCAGAAUGCCUCUGCCCGAUGAAGGGAAGGACGACCCGGAGAACUCGUCUAAUGAUGAGCGGUGUAAGAUCCUGGAGCAGCGCAUGGAGCAGGGGAUGGUGUUCACCGAAUACGAGCAGGUGCCCAAAAAGCGUCCCAACUGUGAGUGCACCAUCGCUCUGAUGCCCGAGAACAGCGACAGGAACCGCUUCCAGGACGUCCUGCCCUACGACGACACGCGUGUGGAGCUGGUGCCCACCAAAGAGAACAACACGGGCUACAUCAACGCCUCGCACAUCAGGGUUACGGUCCGAGGGAAAGAGUGGAGUUAUAUCGCGUCUCAGGGUCCGCUCUCCAGCACCUGCCAAGACUUCUGGCAGAUGGUUUGGGAACAAGGAGUCUCCAUCAUCGCAAUGGUUACAGCAGAGGAGGAAGGGGGUCGAGAGAAGAGUUUCCGCUACUGGCCUCGUCUGGGCUCUCGUCACAACACGGUUACAUACGGGCGAUUUAAGAUCACCACACGCUUCCGCACAGACUCGGGGUGCUACGCCACAACGGGGCUGAAGAUCAAACACCUCCUGACGGGACAGGAGCGAACCGUCUGGCACCUGCAGUACACCGACUGGCCCGACCACGGCUGCCCCGAGGACUUCAAGGGCUUUCUCUCGUACUUGGAGGAGAUCCAGUCUGUGAGGCGACACACCAACAGCUCCAGCGACCCAAAGAACACAAACCUUCCCGUCCUGGUGCACUGCAGCGCAGGGGUGGGACGCACUGGUGUGGUCAUCCUGUCUGAGAUCAUGAUAGCUUGUCUGGAACAUAAUGAGAUGCUGGACGUCCCGACCGUUCUGAACUUGCUGCGGCAGCAACGCAUGAUGAUGGUACAGACGCUCUCACAGUACUCCUUCAUUUACAAAGUCCUCAUUCAGUUCCUGAGAAACUCCAGACUGAUCUGAGACCAGCGCUGGCACAGAGGAGCCUCUCACAAGCCCUCGGUCCCCGUCGGAGCUUCCUCACAGUGUUAGUGACGGGGCAGUAAUGAAGGACGCUGCGGCGCGCUCUGCUUUACCAGUAUUAUUCACUGUGGGCUUGUACACGGAUGUCAGUCCCAGCACUUUUAUUUAGCUGUACAUAGACACGAAGGACGCAGCUCUCUUAUUUAAUAUGAUACGCUGAACUGCAGUGGUUCUUUUAUACCGGGUGGGAUUUUAUUCGUUUACGCAGUGUUCCAGUAAUGGAUUAAUUUGACGAAAAGCCCAAAUUUGUUGCUUUGCAGUUAUGCUGAAAUGCAAAAAAGGCUUGCUUUUCUAUAUGCAAAAUAUCUAAAUGCUAAUUUAUUUUCUUGAGAUUUACAUAUUUGCGUCAUGGGACGUCCAGUGUUACAGUGAAGCUGUUUUUUCUUGAGAUUUUACCAUUUAACCCUUCGAACGGGUUUCGCCGAUCAAAAGUUUGCGUCUCAAGUUUGAAUGCAGCCAAAGACGUGAGGGUUUAUUUUCUGAUCGCAGACGCAACCUAUAAAUAAUUUACACUAUGUAUUAAAACUGCAUAUGGAAACUGUAUUCUACAUAUAUGCUUUCUCAUUGCAUUAGAGAUGAUUUUGUAUUUUUCCAGCUCUUGCCAUAUUUCCACCAGCAUUCAAUAACCCGGCACGCCAAAGAGUGUCACAAACUGGACUUCUGCAUUGGAGUGAACAAUAGUGUGGGUUUAUUGUGAACGGUUUGUGACCUCAUUAUCUUAAACACAGUGGCUAUGAUGGUUAACCAAAGAGUUUUCACCAUAUUGAAUUCUUUGAGUCUUAAAACACUGAAUCUGCAUUAUCCAUUCUGUUUCGGGAGGAUCUGAAGGAGCAGAAUGUGCCAUAGCAAAUCAUUAGGCCCUUUGCGUUUUUUAAUUGCAGUAAGGUCGUUAUGUACGAUAAAGCAGUGCAGACUGAUGCUACAUUCCACCAUAAUGGUGCUGUUGCAUGCUCUUAAAGGAAUAGUCUACCCAAAAAUACUCACCAAUUGGUUCUCUGCAGUGAAUGGGUGCCGUCAGAAUGAGAGUCCAAACAGCUGAUAAAAACAUCACAACAAAUGUUGCCAUGGGUGAAUUUCACAGAACUUUCCAGAAGCAUCCAGGUCAUAUUUCACUACAAAAUUAAAAGAAAAAAGCAAUGCAAUUUAAGUAAUACAAUACAUUGCAAAGUGCCAUUGAAAAUAUUUGUUGAACUGAAUUAAAUGUAUUGCUUACAGAAAGGACGAUGUAUUACUGAAUUUCAGUAAUGAGGAUGAGCUUUCUUUCACAUGACAGUGAUUAGAAUUUGAGGGCAAAUAGUUGCUUAAUUGUUAUGGGGGAAAAAGCUGAAAGAUUUAAUUGUCCAAGAAUGGGUUACAGUAUAAAAUGAAUUAUAUUAUUUUAUUUAACUUUUUUGAUUUUGGGUUGAAAUAUGAUCAGAAAUGUUUUUGAUAGGAGUCACUCUCUUUAUUCAGUUCUGACUGGUGACUAAAACAACAGCAGUGUGUCCUUUUUGGGCUUUGGUUCAACCGUAAUAUAUAAAUAAAUAUAUAUAUAGUGAAGGACAAUCCCUUUUUCACAUUAUCCUGUGCAUCGGAAUAUCAUGGAACAUUAAUUUAAAAACCGAACAUAUCCACAGUUUGAGUUCCUUCACCAUAGCAUCAAUACUAUGAAUGAGGUAAAAGUAUUUUUAAGUGUUUUGGAGUACACUCAAUGUUGGUCUCAAACCUUCUCAUCGUUCAUGUUGAGUUCUGUUGGUUUAGAUUCAGACAAACUGCUGCGGUGUUUGAGGUUUGCUCGUGUGAAUGGACAAUGAUCAGUGUUCAUCUGAACUGGAAACCUGAACUUCAAGACAAUAAUGUACAAAGCUGAAAACUGGACUGUUAAAGCCCUUCCCAGAGCUGCUUUUUGGAAUACAUGUAUCUUAAUAGCAGAUAUUGUUUAUAUUGCUGAUUUUAAGUGUUAUUUACUUUUAACCACAAACUAGUAAAACUGAUGUUUACCCCGGAUGGAUUCUCAUGUGUUUCGGCAUCAUGAGUGCAUGUUCUGAUGAUGUACAGCGAUCAGAAGAGCUAAAUUAUAUCCCUUUGUAAACAACUAUAUUUUUCUUUCAGAAAAUAAAUAUUUUAAAUUGUUAAAUUAA